AUGCAGCAACAACAACAGCAACAACAACAACAACAACAACGUGAAGACCCACGACUAAAGUAUAAUAUUAAGAUUAAAGAGUUUCAGGAUCAUAUUGGAUCAUUGAAUGAUACAAAGAAACAGUAUCAAGUACUUAUUGAGAGGUUGACUACAUUGCCAGAUCAGUUGACACAUAAGAUAAAUGUACCAUUGGGCAAGAUGGCCUUCUUCGAGGGUCAUAUCUACAACUCCAACGAGAUAAUGAUAUUGUUGGGCGACAACUACUUUGCUGAACGAUCGUGUAAGCAGACCAUCGACAUCAUUCGUCGACGAGAGAAGGACAUUGAUGACAGUAUAACAAAUAUCAACUUGCAGCUCGACUCGCUCAAUCAACGUCUGGAGCUGACCACCAACCUCUCAAAGUACAUCAAGGAGAAGGAGGACGACAACAUCAUCGAGAUCAAGGAGGACUACGACUCGGACGAGGAGCGUGAGCGUGAGAGGCAGCGCCAGAGGGAGGAUCCAGCAUCAAAGCAACAGUCACAGCCACAGUCACAACAAAAGGAGAACGCAAAGAAGAAGAAAGAGGAGGACGAGGAGUUUGAAAAGAUGUUUAGUCGGCUGUUGGAGUUGGAGAAGUUGGAGAAGGAGAGCAUGGAGGCAGGAAUGGAGGAUGAGGAAAUUGAAAAGAGUAUGAAGCAGGCCGAGGAGAUGUAUGAGGAGGAGUUUGAGGAUGAGAGCAAACAUCAUGGUCGCACUGGUAGACAAAAGCGAGGAGGCAAUGGUGAAGAAGACGAAGAGGAAUACGAUAUAAAUGACAAUGAUUAUGAAGAGGUAGUGGAGUAUUAUGACGAGCAAGGAAAUAGAGUAGAGGUUACAUCCGAUGAUGAAGACGUGGAGUACAUAGAGGAGGAGUAUACAGAGAAUGUUAGAUCAUUGCCAGCUGAUGUGGAGCAAGUUGAUGACUUCGACAAUGGUCUUGGAAAAGAGGAACAAGAUAACGAGUUUGAUCGUGAUGAUGACCAAGCAUUCCAAACGAAGGAUUCAAUGGAGAUCAAGCGAUACCUUGAACAGAGGAGAAAGAUGACGUCUCAAGCCACUCCAUCAUCACCAUCGACUACAUCCGCCACGCCUCAAAAGUCACAAGUCGAUCCAGAUCAGCAAACACAACAACAUCAGCAUGGCAGCACGCCAAAGUCAAUCCUCAAGGGCACGCCAAGUGAUCCAAACGAUCCAUUGGACUUUAUAAGAAAGGUUAACAAGCAGGUGAGCUUCAGGGAGAAUCUGAAGAAAGAGGUGUCUGUGCCCAACCCGCCAGAACACCAGGCAUUCUCUGGCGACGUGGUCGAGAAGAACCUCGAUGCGAUCAUCUACGACAACGAGCCCACCGACGACCAGGAGGACAGCCCCGCGCCUCCACCUGAACAGAAGGUGUCCAGGUUCAAAGCAAGCAGACAACAAAGGAAUUAA